AUGAGCAAUAAAAAAAAAGAUAAUCACAAAUUAAAAAAAAAAGAACCCAAUAAUAAAGAUAAUAAUAUUAAUUUAUGUAAUAAUAUUAACAAUAAUUUUAAUAAUAAUAAUGAUGAUGAUAAUCAUAAUCAAUUAAAUAAUUUGUUAUUUUAUAAAAUUUGGCACUCAUUAUAUUUAAGAUCUUUAAUUUUAGAAAAAUUAAAGAUAUAUAACAUUUAUCAGCAUACAAGAAAAUUUGAAUCAUUUGAGCUGUUUUUAAAUCAAAGAUACAAUACAUAUAUCGAAAGAGUUGAAUUCAAAGUCAAAGAUAAUGAUUGCUUAAAUAUUAUAGAAAAGUUAAAUCAACACAGCCAUUUUAAUAUUAAAAAAAUAAACUUUGUUGGCAAUGUAGAGCAAGAUAUAAUCAUACCCAGCACUUCAACAAUAACAAGUUUAAGUAUAUCAAAUUUUACAAAAGAAACCUAUGACUCUAUAUUAGUUUUAUCAAAUAAUAUAAAGAAAUUUAAAUUUGGAAAUUUAUAUAAUAAAUUUAUAAUUAAUUCAAUUAAUAAUAUUACCAGCAACACUAAAUAUAAUAAUAAUAAUAAUAAUAAUAAUAAUAAUAAUAAUAAUAAUAAUAACAGUUCAUUUUUAAACAGUUUAAAAGAAUCAUCAAUUGAAAAGUUAACUUUUAAUUCAUUCAAUUUCAGCAAUUGCGAAUUUUUACCAAAGCAACUCAAGAAACUUAAAACCAAAACUUAUUUUUUAGGACCAGAUUUAAUAUUUCCACAAUCACUUACAUAUCUAGAUAUAACUCUAAAUGAAUUGGAUGUCCAGUUGCCCAAUACCCUAAAAACAUUAAUAAUUUCAGCAAGUAGAGUUGGCGAAGGAACUCUACCCGAAUCAUUAGAUCAUUUGUUUAUUGACACAUGGGAGCUUAACCACGAAAUAAUACCUCAGCAACUAAAAAGCCUUGUCAUAGGUGGUUUGUUCGACUCUCCUCUUGUAGAUUCCAAUGGAAUAUCAAUGAUACCUAAAUCAUUAGAAUCAUUAACGUUCAGUUCACUUCAUGUUAUUGGUAGACCUAGCAGACCAGGGUUCAAUCAAACUAUUGGAAGAAAAGAUUUAGCAAAUUGUAACAAGUUAAAAACUUUAAUAUUUAAUUGUGAUUUCGAUCAACAGUUGCACCCAUCAACUUUACCAAACAGCAUCACCGAGUUAAGGUUUACCGAAUUUGAUAAUGGUGGUUUCCAAAUGACCCAAAGGUUCUUAUUUCCAUCAUCCUUAACAUCUCUUGACCUAGGUUUAAGAUUUAAUCAAAAAAUUGGUGUAGAUACACUGCCAAAAACAGGCAAAUUAAAGAAACUAUGUUUAGGUGAAUUUUAUAAUCAAAAGUUUUUAGACAAAUCUUUACCAGAUAGUUUGACUGAAAUCGAAAUUUUAAAUCAAAAUUUUAGACACCCAAUACCAAUUAAUUUUAGUAACACAACAAUCAAAUGCAAUUAUAAUUUAAAAAAAAUCAAAUCAUUCUCACCAGAUAAUUUAACAUCAAUAAAACUAUCAGAGUGCAAAAGAAAUCUCAAUUUUAGUGAUGACCAAGAAAACAUUAAUAAUAACCAUAAUGAUAAUAACAAUAAUAAUGAUAAUAACAAUAGCCCAUCAAGCAAUAUAAUAAAAACUACACAACCAUCACUUAAAAAUAAAAAAUCAUUACAUUAUUUAGAAUUUGGUGGAACUUUUAAUCAAACUAUAUCAAUCGAAGAUUUACCAAAAAACAAUAUAAUUAAAACUCUAGUUUUAGGUAAAUAUUUUAACCAAGAUAUUAAUCUCGAAGAUUUUAAAAAUUUAGAAGAAUUAAUAGUAUAUGGUAACCCAACAAUCAAUCCUGCAGUUACAACCAAAACAAAUAUUGAACCCAAGAUCAUUCCAUUGGCAUCAGUAACAAUAACUUCUGGUAAGAAAUGGCUUAAACCACAGUAUUCUGUAGCCCCUCUUUGUGCAUUUACAAUAUUUUUAAAAUCUUUGAUGUUUCUGAUAAUGAUAAUAAUUAUUACAUGGUCUAGUACCUUUAUAAUUACAAUAUCACUGUUUGGAUCUUUUGGGGCAUAG